AUGGUGGGGUUUUUGAAGAUCACCCCCCAUUCGUACAUCGAAUCCACCGUCCAUCCAUGUGAGAGUGUCCUUAACGUCCACCUAUACCUCUCGGUGUCAGCUGGAGAUCCUAAGCGGAUCAGGGAAGUCAUGUCGGAGUUCGCAGAAGAAGAUGGUGCGACUGUAGACGACAUCAAAGGGCAGCUACGAAAACCUGACCAACAACUGUUGGAAGAGCACGCGUUGAAUAUGAGAGUUAAGACACCGGAAGAAAAAUUGUUGGCUGCACCAGUGCAUGGUUCUGCAGAAGUCGGAGGAGCCUGCCGACGGAUCCUGGCUGAACAGGGAUUCUCUUGGGAUUCUGCCUAA